AUGGGUACUCCAGCACAAUCAAAUCAACUUGCCAAAUUAUUACGUGCCAUAGCAUGUUCAGGUGUUAUUCUCGGUCCAUAUAUUUAUACAAUGGCUCGACCAGAACAAACACUAAAAUAUAGAUUUAUAAGAUCAACAAAUGAAAAUGGAGAAUUUGUUAAAGUUGAUUCAUCAUAUAAUAAAUUUGCAACUGAAAUUGCAUAUCGAAUGCGAUUAACUGAACAAUUACGUCGUUCGCCUACAUUUGAUAUUCGUUUAUCUGUACAUACAGGAAUGGAUUUUGAUAUAAACGGUCAUUUUACACCAGUAUUUGAUGGUAUUGUUUAUUUAAUGGUUCCACAAUGGGCUAAUAUAUCAUCAAUUGAUGAUUUGAAAAAAAUAAAAAUGAAUAUUGCUGGUCAAGAAAUAGAUUUUUCUAAUCUUGAUUUAUCACGUAUUGAUCAAAGUACAUUAAAAUUUCAAUUUGAUAAAAAUGAACAACCAAAAAAAGGACCAGAAGAAAUUACUCAAACAUCGAAUGAAUCAAAAUCUUGGUUUAGUCGAUGGUUUAGUAGUACACCCACACCAGCACCAGCGUCACCACCAACACCUUCAGCAACAUCAAUUGAACCAAUAACACGUGAAACAUUAUUAGUACAAAAACUAAUUGAAACAUUUCAUCUUUCGGAUGAAGCAAAAAAAUAUAUAAUUGCUGAUCAAUUUGAAACAGCAUUAGGUCCAUGGCAUAUGUUAGCAUGGUGUAUUGUUGGUGGUUCAUUUUUUCUUCCAUUUACACUUUAUACACGUCUUCGUUUUCAAUUUCAAACACGUUUUAAACGUUUUCUUUUUUUUCAUUUUCUUCUUUUAAAUGGUCUUUUAUGUUUUUAUUUAUCACCAUUUGUUGGUCGUCUUGUUAAUAUGCAAGUUAGUCGUAUACGUGAUUCAACAACAACAUCGUAUGGUUUAGAUUUACUUGAAGGUGGUAUUGAAUAUUUAGAAAAACAACUUGAAAGAAAUCGUAUUUUACGUGAAUUAUUACCAAAUGGAAAAGAUCUUUUUGAUCAAGAUGGUGAACGAAGAAAAACACGUGUUAGAAUACCAAAUAGUGGUGAAUUGUCAUUUUUUUUAUAUCAUUGGAGUCCAUUAAUUGCUUACAGACUUAAACGAUUAAGAGCUAAAUUGAAUACAUUAAUGAAUGUACCAGAAGCUGAAGCACGAAAAACAAUAUUUAAACCAAUGGCAGAAAGUCAAUUUGUGGAAAAACCUUCCCCAUUAAGAUAG